GUGGAGUCAUCACCGACGAACAAAGACAUUUGCCAUAUAGGGAGUGGCACACCUUCAACAUCACACCUUCAAGCCAUCUAGUUGCAAAAUAUGCUCUCUCAUUCGCGCUCGUUCAAAGAAAACCCAAAAUUGCAGCCCAUACAGGACGAGUCAGAAUUCUGCCCUGUGCCUCCGCCAAAGUACCGAGUUGUGUUCGUCAGCCCUCUUGUUGGUGCAAGGUCCAAGAUAGCAAAAGCAUUCUGUAUAACGCCAGCUGACAGGAAUCCGAUGGACCACAGGACGUUCCCUCGCAUCAGGGAAUGUAUAGUCGACGGCGAACCAGUAACGAUCGAGUUGAUCGAUACCCUCGGUCCAGGUAAUGAGGAUCACUACUUCGAGAAACACCUUAUGGACGGACACAUUGAGCAAGGAGACGGGUUCCUUUUCAUUUAUUCUGCCGACCAUCGCAAAUCGCUGGAGCUGGCGAAAGCGAAUUAUGGACGAGUCGUGAGGAUGAAGCAGCACGAGCGGGACAAUGCAACGAACCCUGUUCCUGGUAUGCUCGUAGCGGUACGGGUAGAGGAUGAAGACAGAUCGACGUGGAUGGAAGUGACCUGGGAAGAGGGAAAUAAACUCGCGGAGGAGAUGGGUGUAGCUUUCAUGCAGGUGUCGCUCAAGAAUGGACGCAAUGUGGAGGAGGUGUUUAUCCAUAUAGCCAGAUUGAUCAAGAAGUACCAGGAGAGGAAGAAGCGCAUUUCGGGGAAGGAAGGAAUGUAAGCACGUAACAGCCGCAAGAGAGAGGGAAGUGCUUAGGCAAGUUGAUUAUGAUGACGAGUUCGAGAAAGAGCGGCAAACCGGAUGCUGCGCAGGGUGUAUA